UCAUGAUCAACUCCAACCUGACCAAAAAUGGUAUUUUGUGUAAAGAUGUUCCUGCUUGGAAUAUGCUUGAUCGGCAGCCUGUAUCCUGCCCUAAUCGGAGCGUAUCCUUUGGAUUCUCUGAGCAGCUUGAAGGAUUCCCUGAGACACGCUAAUGCCCCCGCUGCUCCUCUCACCGAGCUCUCCGAAUACCCCGAUCUCACCAAUGGCCUCACCGACGCAGAGGUCCAAGCCACUCUUCAGGAUCUAAGCCUGGAGGACCUCAACUCGCUGGAGAAGUUGCUGGACGAGCACUGCUCUCGGGACGAGGAUGCAGACAGGGAAGCAAGUCUAACGGACCAGGGUAGGAAGCCUAAGCUAAAGUUUGACUCCUUCAAGGACUUGGAUCUGGCGCUGGACGACAGCUGUCUGGAGGACGAUGACUGCGAGCCAUCCUCCACAAAGCGCACCACCACCACCACCGUGUGCACCACCACCGCGUGCACCACCAGGCGUUGCACCAAAAAGCCCACCUGCAAGCCUCACCCGAAAACCACUCGAGUCUGCAAAACGACCACCGCGAAGCCGAAGGACCCGUCUUGUGAUGACACUGAUCUUCCAAAGCCUGCAAGGCCCAAGAUCCAUAAGACUCCAAGGGAUGAGGAGUGCGAGGCCGAUGACUUCAUGUGCCUCGCCAGAAAGAAGGAAAGACUGAAAAAGUUGAGGAGCAAGUCGGAGGCCGCGGAGGAGGCAGUGGCACCCGUGGAAGCUCCUGCGGAGUACAAGCCCAGCAGAGAGCUGGCCGGGAUUGAACAGUUAGACGAGGAGUAUAUUCCAUCGUUGAACGAACCAGAUGAGCUUCUAGACGAGCCCUUCGAGUUCCUCCAGGAACCCAAGCUGCAAGGCGAACCACAGUCCAACUUGGAGCUGGGGAAUCCGGUCCAGUUGGAGGAGAAAAGUCAGCCCACUAGAGGGAGACGGGAACCAGAUAACGAGGCUAGCUUGCGAAUGGAUCAACAGGCUAAUCUGGACAACUUUAAGAUGGGAAAUCAGGCCAACCUAGAGCCGGAGCUGAGUAAUGCCAGCUUGGACCAACAAGUCCAACCAAUGGGGGGCUCAGAAUCGGAUGGGCAAUCUCUUCUAGAAUCCUUGGAUUCUCCCAGCGAUUCGCAGCGCAAAAAGAAGGCAGCGGAGUCCGAGAAGCCAGUGGAGGAGCAACUACCUCGAGUGGAGGAGCAACUACCUCGAUUGGAAGAGAAGAAGCCAUUGGUGGCCAAGGAGCCUCUGCCAUUGCAGGCGGAUCUGGGAAAGCAGGCACCCGCAUUCGAUGCGGAAAGCUUCAUAGCCAACAAUGCUCGGGAUCCACCUCGUUACCUCAUCCAAAUGCAGGAUGGUUUCAUCCAGAGCGACAAUGAUCCUGGGGAGCGCCGAUUGCAGGCGGAUCGCAGUCAAAGCGAAGCCCUUGACCUGGACAAACUGGCCGUAAAGGAGCCCAGUCCUUUCCACGAGGACGAGUCCAACUUUGAGGCUGAGUACAAGAGGAACAAGCGGGAGAACAAGGAGGCAGACGAUGCUCCGGAGACCAACAAAGAAACCUAUCUGAAGGACCUCAUGGACUCGUUUCCAAGGGAUCAGGGCGGUCACAUCAAUGCCAACGUGGCUCUCAGGGCCUCCAACCUGGCGCACUUGCGCACCAAGCGAAGUUGAGUUCUAUAGUUCGAUGGAUUCCAUUUUCUGUAUAUUUUCUACGAAUGUACCUCCAGAAUGCGUUUAGAUCGUGAAUAUAUCAAAUGUUAGUGUUUA